UCUCUAUCCCACACAAAAACACAGCCUAUUGCAGCUUCUUCUUCUUCUGUUUUUUAAUCCUCUUUUUUGAGAGUUAAAUUUAAAAAAAAAAUGGCUUCUUUUGCUAUUCAUUGUUUUCUGAAACUGUUCCUUGUAAUCUCUGUCUUUCAAGUUUCUUUUGCUGCUAGAAAACUCGAUGAGCUAGUGCAAGAUCAGCCUCAGCUCUUGAGUUACCACAAUGGUCCUCUUCUUUCUGGCAAAAUCUCUAUCAAUCUCAUCUGGUAUGGCAAAUUCAAGCCAUCCCAGAAAGCCAUCAUCUCAGAUUUUGUAACUUCAUUGUCUGCUCCAUCUUCUCAAAAUGUCCAGCCCUCUGUUGCUACCUGGUGGAAAACCACUGAGAAAUACUACCACCUCUCAUCCUCCAAAAAAUCCACCCUUUCUAUUGCUUUAGGAAAUCAAAUAAUAGAUGAAACAUACUCGCUAGGAAAAUCACUCACAAACAAACAGAUUGUUCAGUUGGCCUCAAAGGGUGAUCAAAUGAAUGCUGUUAAUGUUGUACUCACAGCUUCCGAUGUUGCUGUUGAAGGGUUUUGCCUAAACAGAUGUGGGACUCAUGGGUCUGCUUCUGGAUCCCAAACUGGCCACAUUAAGGGCAAGAACUACAAAUUUGCCUACAUUUGGGUUGGUAAUUCUGAAACUCAGUGCCCUGGUUACUGCGCCUGGCCAUUCCACCAACCAAUCUACGGACCACAGAGCCCACCCUUGGUAGCACCCAAUAACGAUGUGGGACUUGAUGGUAUGGUAAUCAACUUGGCAAGCCUGUUGGCUGGGACUGCCACCAACCCAUUUGGAAAUGGAUACUUCCAGGGGCCAAAAGAGGCACCAUUGGAGGCAGCAUCAGCUUGCCCAGGGGUUUAUGGCAAGGGGGCUUAUCCGGGCUAUGCUGGAAACCUAUUGGUGGAUUCUACAACUGGUGCUAGCUACAAUGCAAAUGGAGUUGAUGGAAGGAAGUACUUGCUUCCUGCUCUGUAUGAUCCUUCUACAUCUUCUUGCUCAACUUUGGUCUGAAAAUGCUGGAGCUUGGAGGUAGUUGAGUAGGAUUUUAUCUUUAGAUUAUGGUCAAUUAGUGGAAUCAAUGUAUACGCUACACAUAUAGAGAGAGAGACGUUGUAAUUUAUUUAUUUGUUAUUUUUUUAUUUUGGCUUAUGCGGAUUAAUAACAGAAAAGCAAAUUACUUUGGUUUGCUUUUUCACUGGAAAAA